AGCGAAAGCCGAGCGGCACAGGAGCUCGGAGCCCGCGGUCGGCCCAGCGCGGCCGAGCAGAACCCACACACCGCGGCCCCAGUUCCGGCCGGAGCAGGGAUCCCGGCGCGGCGGGCCCUGGGCGCACGCGCACAGCAGCCCGCGGACCUCUUUCUGCUCGGGCGCGAGAGCGGUCCGCAGCCCUCCGUCAGGCGGCGUCGGGCCCGAGUCUCGCCGCGUUCGCACCUGCGGUGAUUCAGAGACGGAGUGGCUGACGCCGAGCCGUAGGACAGACCACCUUGGGAGCCAGAUGAGCAGAGAGAUCUGCGUGCACUCUUGGCCUUGUUCCUACUACUUAGAACCAGAGAAGCGAUGGGUUCCUGGAAAGCUUUCAUUAACUUCUCGCUCCCUGAGAUUUAUGACUGAUAAAACCGGGGAGACCUUGGUCAGCUUCCCGCUGUCUAGUGUGGUUGAGAUAAAGAAGGAAGCUUCUCACUUUGUCUUCAGUUCCAUCACCAUCCUGGAGAACAGCGGCCUCAAGCACUGGUUCAGCUCCUUGCAGCCCAGUCGGAAUGCAGUCUUCAGCAUCAUUGAGCAUUUCUGGAGAGAGUUGCUGCUGUCUCCACCAGAGGCAGCGCUCCCUGUGACCAAGGGGAAGCAGCUGACAGGUCUGAUGGCCUGUUCUCAGAAGCGCCUAGAAGAGACAGCCCGAGUCCUCCACCAUCAGGGCGAACAGCUGGACAGCAUCACCAGAGGCCUGGACAAGAUGGAAUCGGACCUGGACAUGGCUGACAGGUUGCUGACGGAGCUGGAGUCCCCUUCUUGGUGGCCAUUUAGUUCCAAGCUUUGGAAGAUGCCAGCAGAAACAAACCCCAAGGAAAGCACCUCAAUGGCUAGUCCCAAAGUUCUUGGAAAAGAAGGGGUAGUGGUCCGAAUUCCUGCUGUUAUCUCCCAGGGGAAUGCAUCUCAUGUUAAAGCAGGAAGUCUCACCAUCCUUGUGUCUGGGUUGGAAAUCCAUGACUCCUGUUCUUUGCUCAUGCACAGAUUCGAAAGAGAAGAUAUAGAUGACAUUAAGGUUCACACGCCUUAUGAGAUUAGCAUCCGACAGCGGUUCAUUGGGAGGCCAGACAUAGCUUAUCGCCUGAUAUCUGCCAAGAUGUCAGAGGCUAUCCCCAUUUUGGAGGUGCAGUUCAGCAAGAAGAUGGAGCUGUUAGAAGAUGCCUUGAUGCCCAGAAGUGCCAGAUCGUCUUCCCCAAUAGAGAAGGGCUGCUCAGUCUGGCAGGCGGCGUCUGGACUGAUGGACCGUGCCAUGCCCCACGAGCCCUGCUCAGGGAGCCAGGAGGGCCCGUCACUUCAGCUGCAGAGGAGCGAGCCGCUCGUCUCUGAGGGGGACGCCCAGGAACUGAGACAGAUCCUGAGGAAGCUGAAGAGUCUCGCACUGGACACUGAGACGGAGCUGGAGAGGCAGGAUGACGUCCUGGACGGCAUCACCGCAGCCAUUGACCGGACCACCUUAACCAUUGACAAGCAUAACCAACGUACGAAGAAACUGACCUAGGACUGGAUAGCAGAGAGGUGACUGGUUCUGAUGACAGUGGCUUCCCUGAGGACUUUGUCCUCAACACUUGCAUGCUUCCUACAUAAAAAUCUGGGAAGUCGUCCCAGGGGCCAGUUAGUAGGUGGAGGCCCUGUGCCAGGAGCUGUGGGCUUGCCUCAGGGUGCAGGGCUGCUGUGAUGUGAUUCCUGCCAUAAUGCAGGGAAGGGGGAGCUCCAGGAGAGGGAGGUCUGCCUGCAGAUCCAGCAAGUCCCCCAAGCCCCUGCCAUGGUGGCCCUGCUCCCCCACUCCCCCCAGGCCCCAGGUCCCUGCUCCCCUGUUCCCCUACUCCCCACAGGCCCCAGCUCCCCUGCUCCCCCGUUCCCCUCAGGUCCCAGUUCCCUGCUCCCCCCAGGCCUCGGCUCCCCCUUCCUACUGGAGCCCUUCAGAGGGUCCACAGUAACAGGAAGGCUCUUACCCGCACAGCUGGCUGCACCCAGUGGCUGCUUUGCAUGGCCAGCAUCCCCACUAGCUGAAUUUUCAUUCUUUCUCUGUUCUUGCUAGGUGUAAAAGGGCAAUUUAAAACUCUGUGAAAGAAAUGUGCUGAUUUUUGAAUCUGCCUCACCUCUGUGGGCUGCUCUGCAUGGGCCCCUCUCAUGUCACUUCGUUCCAUUCUUCUCUGGAAGACGGGCCUAUGUCUUUUGCUUUACUGUGACCUCCAGUACGUCUGUAGGUCUUUCUGUGAACACCUAGAAUAUUCUUGUCCAGUUUGUAGCCAAGUGUGAAAAUAAUACAUACUGCACCUCUUUUAAAAA